ACACACACACACACUUAACUCGCAGCAGCGCAAGCGCGCGCACACACUUCCCCCCAGAAGGGUCCAUCAUCUCUUCACUAACUUCGUCCUUCGAAACUUUUCAGGAUGUCGCUGUAUCCAUCCCUGGAAGAUCUUAAAGUGGAUAAGGUUCUGAAGGCCCAGGCUCAGUUUGUCCAGAGCACGUCCCCAGCCAUCACAGAGGAAGCUUCGCAGCCCCAGGCAGCCAGCUAUGGCACAUCCACAGCAGGACUGUACCCAAACUUGCAGGAGCUCGGCGACUACAUGGGCUUGAGCCUCAACAGUGACGAGGUGCAGAAGAACCUGGCUCUUGUGCCUGUUGCUGACAGUCAGGUAGCAGUUCCCUCGAGCACAGGCCUGGGUGGCAUGGUGCGGCCUGUGACAGGGAAUGACGUUGGACUGAGGAGAGCUGAAAUUCGGCCGGGUCUCCGUGAGAUCAUUCUGUGCAAGGAUGAGAGCGGGAAGGUCGGCUUGAGGCUGCGCGCCAUUGACAAUGGGAUCUUCAUCCAGCUGGUGCAGACUAAUUCCCCAGCGGCACUGGUGGGCCUGCGCUUUGGAGACCAGGUCCUGCAGAUCAACGGGCAGAACUGUGCAGGCUGGACCCUGGACAAGGCCCACAAAGCCCUGAAGGUGGCAGCGGAGCACCGCAUCGAGCUCAUCGUGCGCGACAGGCCUUUCCAGCGAACCAUCACUAUGCACAAGGACAGCACUGGUCAUGUGGGCUUUAUCUUCAAGUCAGGCCUCAUCACCUCCCUUGUGAAGGACGGGUCAGCGGCACGUAAUGGUCUGUUGACGGAUCACUACAUCUGCGAAAUCAACGGGCAGAAUGUCAUUGGGCUCAAGGAUUCUCAGAUUAAGGACAUCCUGACCACGUCUCCAACUGCGAUGACCAUUACUGUCAUGCCCAAAUUCAUAUAUGAGCAUAUGGUGAAGAGGAUGUCUAGUGGACUCCUGCGGUCAGCCAUGGACCACUCCGUGCCUGAGGUGUGAGCUUCUGAAAGAGGAGUGGCCCUCCAGACACCAAGGUGGCCUUAAUUCCCAUGGGUUAUAUUAUUUUGGGAAUUCUGUCACUGAAAAUUCACAAUCACCAUAAUGUAGUUCCAAGACACCUAUUGCUGUUCUAGUCCUUCAGUAGACACGUAAUAGUAGUUUUUUCUCUUCAGUACUGUUUACUUGUCUUUUAUAUAAUGGAUCAUUAAAAAGCAUAGUUUUUUUUAUAUAUAUAUAUAAAUAUGACAGCGCACUUUUCACUUUUAACCUUGUGGCCAAUCUUAUGUUGGUACUUCCUUGGAUAAUUAAUUUCAUGAAUCACAAGUGUCAUUUCAGCAGAACUGCCCAGUGGUUGGUUACUUGUCAGGUUAGUCUGCCCAGUUGUUCUGACAGUUUCUUUAGCACAUUCUCUCGCUCCUUUGUUAGAGCAUUUCCCCUUGUUGGUAUAUGACACUUUAGGUAUCUGCCAGCUUCUGUGCAACGAAGGGAAACUGUAAUACUGAAUAUUUUAUGUUUGUUGUGUAUGUGGAAGCAGUUAUGGCUGCAGUUAUUAUUCCUCUUGAGAAGAUCUGAUUUUCUAAAUUGACCCAGUGUGAGUGUUCAGUGUGAGGAAGGGCAGUAUCUGGCCCCCAUCACCAUUUUCCCCACCAGGUGCUUCUUACUCAAAUUUCCUUUUAUUAAGCACACAUGACUGGAAAACAGUUUUGUUUAAUUUUCUUAGGUUUGUCAUGUUUAGGAAACUUUUUUUUUUUUUUUUUUCCCUCAGUUGGCAGCCAAAUUAUUUCUAGUUUUGUGUAUGUAGUUGGCAUCUAUUGUAGAAGUUAGUAAACUUAAUUGUUCAUAUGCAAAUGUAACUGUUGGUCAAUAAAAUUCAUUAUUUAAAAAAAAAAAAAAAAAAAAAAAAAAACUUCUGGGAAUAGCCUUAAACUUUUAUUGCUCAGACUGCAUCAGUAAUGAAGUUCUUGAACUUUGCAAGCACAAAUACUAGUGCUAGUUUACUGUUACCUCUAAUGUAAAGGUUUUGUAACUGCACCUUCAAUUGUGUUUUAUUAAGCAUUUGUAAGAAACCUUAACCUAAACAAUGCAUCUUCAGGGCAAAUUUAUCAAGCUUAGUUGUAAAAUUAAAUGUAAAACUAAAGCAAGGGAUGAUAACCUUGAGAAGCCCUAGAGCUGUCCAGUUCUGUUUCCUAACAAAACAGCAAAUUGUUGUCCUUUGUACAGGAAUGGAGGUUAUUAGUGACCAUCAGCUGGUGAAUGUGCAGGGGGUUUGUUUUUUUUUUUAAAAAAAAAAUGAAUUCUCAAUUUCAGAACAUAUGAUGGUUGAGCUGUUAAAUGAAGAAACAAGUCAUGUUUUCUCCAUGCGGUUUAAUGUAUGGUCUUUCCGUUUACACAGUAUGAUCAUGGCCAAAAAGGUACAUUAAUAAAUGGUGAUCCCUGUAAUGCUAGUAUUGCUAUUAAAUGCUUGGAUUUUAAGUAA